AUGCGCCUCCUUGCCACCGACACCGGCCUCAUGUCCGAGUUCGCGGACCCAACCGAAGUCAAGUACGCCAUCCUCUCUCACGUUUGGGCCCGGAAGACGAGCGACAACGACACAUCCUACGAGCCAGAACUCACCUAUGACGACUACACCCGCCUUCGCACCGAGCAUGGCGACGACCUCCUCUUCGACAAACUCCCUCCGAAAGUACGACACUCUUGUGAGGUCGCCAAAGGCCACGGUAUCCCCUUCGUCUGGAUCGACACCUGCUGCAUCAACAAGUCAAGUAGUUCCGAGCUCUCAGAGGCGAUCAACUCCAUGUACCGGUGGUACAGCCUCGCGCAAGUCUGCUACGCCUAUCUCUACGACGUCGACCACGUCACCUCAACCAACUUCCACGACAGCGAAUGGUUCAAACGCGGGUGGACGCUGCAAGAGCUCAUUGCGCCCCCAGAAGUCCUCUUCUUCGACGGCGACUGGCAGAUGAUCGGCUCGCGCUAUGAGCUCUCGGACGAAAUCCGGUCUAUCACCAACAUAGACCGGGCAGUCCUCCGCAAGGAGCGCCAGAUCUCUGACGUCUCUGUCGCUCAACGCAUGUCUUGGGCGGCAUCCCGGAAGACGACACGCAAGGAGGACAAAGCGUACUGCUUGAUAGGAAUCUUCGACGUCCACCUCCCGCCCCUCUACGGCGAGCGCGACCACGCCUUCAUCCGGCUCCAAGAGGCCAUCCUCGCGAAGAUACCCGAUCAGAGCAUCCUGGCUUGGGGCCCGAACCAAUACGACACGGAGCUCACGCUCAAGAAGCCCUCUUUAUGCGCUCCUCCUCCAAACUCAUCGUUCUCACAUAGACGACCUCAGUCCUUCCUUCUCGCUCGGUCUCCCAAGGACUUCGCGAACUGCCACGACACCGUCAACAUCACUUCCGACACGCUCGCCAAUGCCCUCGACUUGCCUAACAUCCCCUACGCUCGCUUCACACUGACCGCGAACGGAAUCUACGUCAGACUCCCUCUGAUACCCUGCUAUGAUCGCUCGGGGCUCAGCAUUGUCUCGCCAUCCUCACCUGCCAGGUGCCUCUACCGCGACGAGACGCAAGCCAGGCCCAUCGCCCGCAUAUCUUCGAAGAGCGCAACCCUCAAGUCGUAUGCUUGGUUCUCCGCUCGCACGGCGAAGCACGAUCGAGCAAGAACACGGAGAUGUCUGUAG